AUGAACUUGCUCUUCAAGGGAUGCUUCAAGAAGGGUUUGCUUAGAUGCAAAACAACUAUUUAUAGAGCAUAUAUCCUAAAGACAGGAAGUAAUUGGAAGAUUGGGAUAGUGGCAUUUGCUGCAUGUGCUCCUGUAGUGGUGAUUGUAAUUGUCAUUGGGUCUUGCAUUGUAUGUCUGCUGAAAGAAAGACGACAACAAAGAGGCGUGGAAAGAAGUCACCUAGCAUUACUACAGGAAUUGGCCUGUCCAAGAGGGGUCACAAUGACAGAUGAAGGUCAGUUGGUAAGUUCUGAGGACCUGCCUUUCAUGGACUUGACUACUAUCAGAGCAGCUACAGACAACUUCUCCGAUUCAAAUAAGCUUGGACAAGGUGGGUUUGGCACUGUUUAUAAGGGUGUGUUACCAGAUGGGAAAGAAAUAGCUGUUAAAAGGCUGUCAAGGAAGUCAUGGCAAGGCUUAGAGGAGUUCAAGAAUGAAGUCAAAGUAAUUGCAAAAUUACAGCACCGAAACCUUGUGAGGCUAUUGGGAUGUGGCAUAGAAGGAGAUGAAAAGCUGCUCAUAUAUGAAUUCAUGCAUAACAAAAGCCUUGAUAUCUUUAUCUUUGAUGCCGAAAGACGCGCACUUCUUGAUUGGGAUACAUGUUACAACAUAGCUGGUGGGAUUGCUAGAGGACUUCUUUACCUGCACGAGGAUUCCCGGCUUAGAAUCAUUCACCGGGAUUUAAAACCUAGCAAUGUGCUACUAGACCAUGAAAUGGUUGCCAAGAUAUCAGACUUUGGCAUGGCUAGAAUUUUCUGCGAAAACCAGAACAAAGCUAACACUAGAAGAGUAGUAGGAACAUUCGGGUAUAUGGCUCCGGAGUACGCAAUGGGAGGGCUCUUCUCAGUGAAAUCAGAUGUCUUCAGCUUUGGUGUUAUACUACUGGAGAUCACAAGUGGAAAAAGAAGUAGUGGCUUUUAUCUCUCAGAACAUGGCCAGACACUCUUAGCAUAUGCGUGGAGAUUGUGGAAUGAAGGGAGAGAAAUGGAAUUAGUGGAUCCUUCGUUGAUGGACAGUAGUCAAACAGAAGGGAUUGUGAGGUGCAUACAUGUUGGGCUGUUAUGUGUGCAGGAAGAUCCAGCAGACAGGCCUACAAUGUCAUUUGUGGUUCUAGCUUUGGGAAGUGACCCAAUAGCUCUUCCUCAGCCGAAACGACCUGCUUUCUCUCUAGGUAAAAUGGUUCCAAUCUACAAGUCUUCACCAACAGAUCCUUCUGUAAAUCAAAUGACUGUUUCUGGUAUCGCACCGCGCUGAUUGUUAAUAAGAUUGCCACUGUUCUUGUCAAUGUCUGCGGCAAUAGGUGUGGUUUAGAAUAGCUAGUUUCUUAGCCAUUUUGUUAAGAUCUCAAAAUGGUGAAUAGAAGACCUCAAAUUGUGUAUAAUAACAAUGUGUCUGAAUAGCUAGUUGGAAUUAUAAGGGUUCUAACA